AUGACCGAUCAUGACCACGGCCUUGGCCUGUCAGGUCUCCGCCGCAUCCGACAACAACCCACCAUCCGACUCCCCGGCCUCCCUUCGAACGCGUCAUCGCGCAGCCCCUCUGUGGGGCCCUCUCGCUCAACAUCAUUAAGCCUCCCUCCCCAAGCCGGCCAAAUUACCCCACGAUCGCCGGUCGCCCAGUCGCCCACCUUCACCGAAGACCUAUCCAAGUUCCCCUCGGAGUCCCUCCAUUCCUUCUCCUACGCCCACCUCUCCGAAGAAUACCUGCACAACCGCCAAAAUGUGAUAAAACGAUCGCUCGAGUACAUGAAGGACCACAUGAACUGGACCUCCGCCACCUCCACCGCGGGGAUAGCAAGCGCCCAGGCGAGAGCCGACGGUGACGUAGAGGCCCAGAGCAUGCUCGAGCUUCUUGCCAAGGCCCAGCUUGUCGGCGCCGGCAACUUACCUCACCCAGGGUUGUCACCAAUGGCUGGCCCUUUAACGGGGCCCCCGAGUGUUUCGGGGGAGAACGUGUUUGAGAAGGAGUUCACUGCCGAGCCCGAAUCCUAUGCCCGACUGCAUUCACCGACCGAUCUUGCGCAAUUACCCGAACCCGAUACUGGAGCCAGGAAGGAACUUGCGCUUGAAAAAGGCGAUGGCGACGAAUCUGGGCGCAGUAGACAACCAUCCCAAACAUCCCAACCGCCAACAUUACCCCCUGCGCCAGAAACAUCACGAGCCGAAUCGACCAAAGACGGCGCCGCGCCUUCGAGAACCGAGCUAGACACGAAGCCCGCCCUCCUCAAGCGAACAUUCACCGAUACACUCCCCGUCUCCCUCCAGGAGAAGCUCAUAGAUACCCUAGCGCAGCCCUUCCUAGUGGGGUCUGGAGAGCCCGUCCUGUCUCCCUUGGCUGCGCAUAGCGUAUCCGCGGCCGGCUUCCCGAGCGCCCUAGGCUCCGUGGUUCACGGCCACUCGUCUCGGUGGGUGCCCGCCACCCAGGCCAUCUUCACGACGGAAGCGCAGCCCCCAUGGACGAUACUCGCCGCCAACGAUUUGGCGUGUCUUGUGUUUGGCGUCACCAAGGGCGAAGUGCGCAAGAUGGGCAUCCUCGAGGUCGUGCAGGAGGAGAGGCGAUCGUGGCUCGAGAAGAAGCUGCUGCAGAACACAGGAGAUGACAACACCGCCAGUGGUACCACUCGCGAUCAGCCAGCGUCUACUCCUGCGUCAUCGGCGGCUUCAGCGUUGCUUGGUGGCCGUACGGGGAUUACGGCGCAGCUGCUGAGCAAGCCGAACUCGAGAUCGCAGCCCCGCAAAUCUCUGAAUAACAGACGUUCUAGGACGGUCCACAGCGGCAUGCCGACGCCCGCCUCCGGGGCGCAGGGAAGUCCUCGUCACCGGAACAGCCAGUCGAGAGGAGUCCUUAUCUGCGGCGACGUGAUACCUAUACAGAAACGGAACGGGUCGACCGGGUCAGCUAGCCUAUGGGUCAAGGAAAAGAGAGUCGGGCUAAUAUGGGUGUUGGAGGAGAUCCACGAAGACGUGGCUCACAUAACGCUCAAGGAGGAGGGCGUCGUCCAGGAAGUGACUGGAGCGUCCGAGGCGAUAUGGGGCGCAGACGCCAUCGAGCCGGGCGCCGACAUCGGAAAGCUCAUCCCGAGGAUACCACGUCAGGGAAUCGACCCGAGAACCGGCGAAGUCGACUUUGCCCAGGCCGCCAAGAGGAGAUACUUUACCUGCCCGCACGCCGAGACGGUCAGCAUCCCCUGCACCGUGGAGCAGGUGCGCGGCCAGCGACAGCUCCGCGUGUCGAGCUUCCCGCACAUCGCCGGCAUCAUCGUCGUGUCGCCGGAGGAUCUAGCCAUCAAGAGCUCCAACGCCGCUUUUUGUGGCGCACUGUUCGGAUACGAGAGGCCCGACGGAAAGUCCAUCAAUGCGCUUAUUCCGGACUUUGACAAGAUCCUGGGGAUGUUGACCGAGGAGGACGGUAUCGAAAUGGUGGACGGCAUCGUGGUGCCCGAGCAUAACUUUCGCAAGGCGUCGACCUACGUGGCUAUCCGCGAAGGCCGCACCGAUGCUGCGGCAGCGUUCCUCCGGCCGGAAGGCGUCCCCGCUAAGCAUCGGGACGGGGCAUCGCUGCGGAUCGAUGUGCAGAUGAGAGUCGUGCAGAGCGAGCGACAACCCAGUAGGAACGGGUCGGCGAUUGUCCGGGAAGGUGGUGACGGAUCAUCGGAGGGCGACGAAGAAGAUGAGAGCGCCAUUGCGGAGACGGAACUGGUGUAUGCGCUGUGGGUCACGUACUCGCGGCAUCUGCACUCGACCAAGGGCCCCGUGGUAUCUGGCACAUCGACGCCCUUGCACCAGCCGACACCGGGGCAAAUCGCAGCGCCUAUACCGAAGGAAAUCGGCAGUGGUGGCGUCUCUCAGGAGUCGAGAAGGGCCGAGGAACUUAGUACCUCACCGGCGAUGACUGCGUUGGCUGCGACAACGGCUGCUCCCACGGCGACGACGACGGGAACAUCUCCCAUGUAUGCGGGGACGACGGCAUCCAACAUUACGAGGCAGCUUAGGGAAGUCGCGCGCAGCGCCGCGGCGAAGCUAACAGGGACCUCGCGGCCAUCAACGCCUAAACCAGAGAAGACCCCAGCCUCAAGAGCCGUUGAGCACCAACGCAAAAAGACCAUCGAUGACUUCAUCAUCCUCGAGGAAAUGGGCCAAGGCGCCUACGGCCAAGUCAAACUCGCGCGCUAUAAAUCGACAGGCCAAAAAGUAGUCCUCAAAUACGUCACAAAGCGCCGCAUCCUCGUCGACACCUGGACGCGUGACCGCCGCCUCGGCACGGUACCCCUCGAGAUCCACGUCCUCGACUACCUCCGACGCCCGGAACUCCGGCACGACAACAUCGUCGAGAUGGAGGCGUUCUUCGAGGACGACACGAACUACUACAUCGAGAUGGUUCCCCACGGCCUCCCCGGCAUGGACCUCUUCGACUACAUCGAGCUGCGGGCCAACAUGGACGAGGCGCAGUGUCGGAGCAUCUUCGUGCAGGUCGUGAGGGCGGUGCAUCAUUUGCAUACGAAGGCGCACGUCGUGCAUAGGGAUAUCAAGGAUGAGAAUGUUAUUUUGGAUGGAGAGGGGAGGAUUAAGUUGAUUGAUUUUGGGAGCGCUGCGUAUAUUAAGAGCGGGCCGUUUCAAGUCUUUGUCGGCACGAUAGACUACGCCGCCCCCGAGGUCCUCGCCGGAAAACCAUACGGCGGCAAACCCCAAGACGUCUGGGCCCUCGGCAUCCUCCUCUACACCAUCAUCUACAAGGAGAACCCCUUCUACAGCAUCGACGAGAUCAUGGACCGCGACCUGCGCGUGCCGUUUACCAUUAGCGAGGAGAGCAUCGAUCUCGUGCGGUGCAUGCUGGAUCGGGAUGUUGAGAAACGGUAUACGAUUGAGCAGGUUUUGAAUCAUCCCUGGUUUAUGGGGAUGGGAGAGGAGUAA